AUGGCUAUCAAAGCUGGAAUGGGAAGAAAAUCUUCCAAUAAAAAUCCUCCGUUUUUCAGCCAUGAGUUUGUUAUUCAAAACCAUGCAGAUAUUGUGUCGUGCAUUGCGAUGAUUUUCGUCGUAGGAAUAAUGCUUCAGCCGACACAAUCACUAGCUAGCACCUUCGUUGCCUUACGACACAAUGUAUCCGGAGCCGAUCCAAACCAGGAAAACCCUAUGGGUGUGCAAUAUCUGUACACGGCCGGCUGGAAAGAUGCGUGUGCGGUGUUUUUCUACACCCUUAUCUGCAUCAUCAUGCACGCUAUUUUACAGGAAUAUGUUCUGGAUAAAAUAUCCAAAAAGCUGCACUUAUCCAAGUUCAAACUGUCGCGCUUCAAUGAGUCCGGUCAGCUGGUAGUCUUCUACGCAAUGUCCUUUCUAUGGGGAUUGGAUCUCAUUGUGCGCGAACAGUACAUUGGAAACCUACAAAGAAUGUGGGAAGGAUAUCCUGAUCACCCGAUGAUUUUCCUACAUAAGAUGUUUUUCAUUAUUCAACUGGCCUACUAUGCGCAUAUGUUGCCCGAACUGUACUUCCAAAAGGUGAAGAAAGACGAACAAAAACCCAAGAUUCAGCAUGCAGUGGGCGGCCUGUUCAUGAUCGGCGUAGCCUACUUCCUUGGAUUCCAACGUAUCGCUCUCGUUCUCCUGACCUUGCACUAUUUCUGUGAAUUUGUCGCCCAUGCCUUCCAGUUGGUCGAUAUAGUCGAUAAGGAGGGCAAGUUCGCUAAAUUGCGCCUCGUACACAGUGGACUGUUCAUUCUUACCCGUUUCGCGACAAUGGUCCUGUCGGUGCUCACGCUAUUUUACAGUAUAGACAACAUUUCCCAAUCUACGCGUGUUUUGAUGCUGUCGAUGGUGUUCGGUUUACAAGGAUAUUUGUUUUUCGAUUUCAUUUCCAAUUUUCUUCGCUCUAAGCGGGAAAGCUCCUCAGAAGAGCGCGCUAAAAUAGUGGUCAGCGCGAAUAAGACUGAAAAAUCGAAGAAACAAAAGAAAAAGGAAAGCGAUCUUCCGGAAGCCGAUCAAAACUCAGCCCAAUCCUCUCCCAAAGCUGCUGGCAAUAACGUACGCAAGGCGAAAGUAAAGUAAAACUCUACCGAGCCGUAAAAUUAGCCAGUUUUUUUUCCAUCCAUUUUUACUGGUCGCAUUGUUUCCUUCGAAGAAAGAUACAGUAUAGCAACAAUUAAUAGUGAAACGAGCUCAUUUGAAAGCAGCACAGAAAAUAUGGCAUGUUAUAGCUUGGCUGUUGUACGAAUGUUGUACGAGCUACCCGUGAAUGCAGUCGCGAAUAAAUUUACGUUGUGUCGGAUCGACAUGUCGACAUGUUUUACGUUUGUGCGGCAAAGGUAAAAUAUUUAUGUGAAGACUUUUUUGAACAUUGUUUUGUUUUGUUCUGCUUUUUGGCUCGCAACCGGAAAUGCAUUUAUCUAAAAGAUAAAGUUUAGUACAGAGAGGUUCGCGCUUGCAGGUUAAAGUCUUGGAGGUAUUAUUCUGAUUCUGCCGCUCCCACUUAAGUGCUACCCAGGUAUUUUUCUGAAAAUAAUUUUUGUCCAUUCUUAUACAAAUAAUAACAAUUGCUAACAAACUUUCUA